CGGUAAACAUUUUAGAUUAUGUAUUUGAAACCUCCUAUAUUUAAUUUAAGUUUGUCUAAAACCUAACAGAAAUUCAUCACCUUUAUCACUUUCCACUCUACACACCUCCAAAUACACCCCAUUUUUAACGAACACGUGAUUUGAAGACGCAAUCUACUUUGAUGUCAUUCACAUGUUGUAUAAGGUGAUGAACUUCUUUCAAUAGGAAUAUCACAACAGAUCCAAAUCCCUCACAAUGAAACCAAUCAAAUUCAUAUUGUCACUUUUACUUAUGUUGCUGGCCUCCUCUAGUGCAGAAUCAAAAUGUAGCAAAACUUGUGACUUAGCUUUAGCAUCCUAUUAUAUAUGGGAAGGUACAAACUUGACAUAUAUUUCAAACAUCAUGCAAUCCAAUGUUGUUUCAAAACCUCUAGAUAUUUUCAGCUACAAUACUGAUACUCUACCAAACCUAGAUAUGCUCCGUUUUUCUUCAAGACUGAAUGUUCCAUUCCCUUGUGAUUGCAUUAAUGACGAGUUUCUUGGUCACACGUUUUUGUACGAGUUUCACCCAAGAGAGACCUAUGCUUCCAUUGCUGAGUUGACUUUUAGCAAUUUGACCAAUAAAGAGUGGAUGGAGAAGGUCAAUGUUCCUGAUUCUGUGAAGGUUAAUGUUACUGUUAACUGUUCCUGUGGAGACAAAAUGGUUUCCAAGGAUUAUGGUUUGUUCAUAACAUAUCCUCUUAGUUCUGAGGACACUUUGGAGUCCAUUGCGAAGCAUACAAAAGUUAAGCCUGAGUUGCUACAGAAGUACAACCCUGGUGUGAAUUUCAGCAAAGGAAGUGGGCUGGUUUUUAUUCCAGGGAAAGAUAAAAAUGGAGUUUAUGUUCCCUUGCCCCACGGAAAAGCAGGUCAUUUAGCUAGGAGUUUAGCUACUGCUGUCGGAGGAACAUGCACGGUUCUGUUAUUAGCAAUUAGUAUAUAUGCUAUAUACUUUCGAAAUAAGAAUGCAAAGGAGUCUAAAUUGCCAUCAAAAUAUAUUGUGGUGGACAAAUCACCUAAAUUUUCAUACGAAGAACUAGCCAAUGCUACUGAUAAAUUCAGCUUGGCUAACAAAAUUGGUCAAGGUGGUUUUGGUGAAGUCUACUAUGGAGAGCCGAGAGGCAAGAAAACUGCAAUAAAAAAGAUGAAGAUGCAAGCAACAAGGGAAUUUCUUGCUGAACUGAAAAUCUUAACAAGAGUUCACCACUGCAACCUGGUACACUUGAUUGGAUAUUGUGUUGAGGGAUCUCUAUUCCUUGUUUAUGAAUACAUCGACAAUGGAAACUUAAGCCAAAAUCUACAUGAUUCAGAGAGAGGACCGAUGACGUGGUCUACCAGGAUGCAAAUUGCUCUGGAUGUAGCAAGAGGCCUUGAAUACAUUCAUGAGCAUUCAGUGCCUGUAUACAUCCAUCGCGACAUCAAAUCAGAUAAUAUUUUAUUAAAUGAAAACUUUACUGGGAAGAUUGCAGAUUUUGGAUUAACCAGGCUUACUGAUUCUGCAAAUUCAACAGAUAACACUCUUCAUGUGGCUGGCACAUUUGGUUACAUGCCACCUGAAAAUGUAUAUGGACGUAUUUCUCGCAAGAUAGAUGUAUAUGCUUUUGGAGUUGUUCUUUAUGAACUAAUUUCUGCUAAACCAGCUGUGAUCAAGAUCGAUAAAACCGAGUUCGAGAGCGAGAUUAGGACCAAUGAAUCUAUUGAUGAAUACAAGAGCCUUGUAGCUUUGUUUGAUGAAGUUAUUGAUCAAAAGGGAGAUCCUAUUGAAGGUCUAAGAAAUCUGGUGGAUCCAAGGCUAGAAGAUAAUUAUUCAAUUGAUUCCAUUAGCAAGAUGGCAAAGCUUGCCAGGGCUUGCUUAAACCGAGAUCCGAAACGUCGUCCAACAAUGAGAGCUGUUGUGGUUUCUCUAAUGACACUUAAUUCUACAAUUGAUGAUGGAAGUAGGUCAGCCAGUGCAGCAUUGAGUACUGUUAUGGAGCAUGACUCGAAAUGAAAUGAAAUUCCAAUGUGAAACUUAACUUAAUACUAUUUUUUUUUAGGGAUCUUAAUACUAUUUUAUAAUGCUCUGGUUGUAAAACUUAUUAUAAGAGAAGAACUGUAAAAUAUACCAAUUUACAUGAAACUAUUCAAAAUGUAUAUGAUAAGCAAGGGCUGAAGAAAAUGAAAAUAUUCAAAAAGAAAGAUCAGGACUUUUUGAGCCGUAUGUAUGUAGCAGUCAAGUUCAAUUGCAGGUUGCAGCAUCAUUUACUGGUAGAUAAUAAUAUCACAAGAUAUAUACAUUCAUGUUCUAUCAAGAAAAUAACAACAUCAAUAAUUCAU